AUGAGACGCAUAAGGAUAACUGGGUUUAGUGCCCGCAAUCACACGGCAGUAACACCGUCCUCAUCCUCAUCUUCUUCCUCUUCUUCUUUAUUAUUAACGUUCUCAUCACCAUGGAUGUUUCUUUCAUUGAGAGAGAUUGGAACAGUCUCAGAGGCGAAACCUUCAAAGAAACGCAGUAGUUUCUUUCAAAUGGGUGAUAUCUAUAAACCUGGUAAGUUUACAUCUAAAGAUUUACCGAAAGGACCAACAGCAUCUAAUCAACCAUGGGAUCCUGUUUUUGCCCACUAUGCGUUUAAUAAAGCCACAGGCCCAUUGCAAAGAAAACAGAACACUACUCCAGAUGAUCACCUUACAGUAGAUGAACUUGAUAAAUGGAUGGAUGCCAAAGCCGCGGCUAAAGUGUUAGGAAUUAAAGAGAGUGAGUUAUCGACAUUAACAGCACCACAGGUGGAGGAACGGUGGAUAAAGAUGUACGGUGAACGAACGAAUGCGAUGCAGCAGGAGGUUGUUAUUGCAGCUGAAGUGUUAUUAGAAUACAUUGACUCUUCUCUGCAUAAGAAGAAAAGCAGACAAUAUUACCGACAAUAUAUUGAUAAUGCACGUCAGGCAAUUGAUCAUGAAACGGAUUUACGUCGUAGAGAUCACCGUCAAAAGUUUAUUUAUCUCUCCGCUAUUGCCAUUACCGUUGGCUGCACCAUUGUUCUCUUUGUGGCUUUCUUCCGUAAUAUUAUUACCCGCAAAGAUGUAGAGAAUAUUGGAGCCAAUGCGGUUUCUUAUCUCUAUAUGGCCUUCACACAACCCACCAACCCAGAACCCGCACCGGACUACACUCUGCGGUAUAGAGAAACCCCUACGGCCAUGACGAGAGAUCAACAAAGUGGAUUGUAUGGAGUAACAGAUACCACACAAGUGCGAAUCGCAACAGAAGUGGAGGAAUACCGCCGACAGGAAGAGGUGGAGUUGCUGCGAAUGCUCAAUGAUGAGAAUGAACGUGCGGCUAAAGAGGCGAAGGAGCAGCGAGUGCGGGAGAGUCGAGUGCGGGUCUAUCGUACGGAUGACUUUGAUGCCUCUGGGGAACUGAAAGAAAAUAAAACAAAUGGCGAUGGAGAAGUAGACCCGGCAGCGGCGUUUUCUCAAAUGUCGUUUAGACAAUUUGCGGCCAUGAUGGCCUCACAGUUUGGGGGCGGAUCGCGAUUUCAACGGAUUACGCAAGACAGUGUUCGGCGGGCGGAGGAGGUGGAGCAAAUGCAGAAACGGAUGGGAGGACGAUCAAGUGAAUGA